CAGUCGUCGCCGCCGUGGCCGCGGCGUCCGGGGCUGGCGUCCCCAGUGGAGGCGGGGACAGAGGGUCUUGCAAAUGGCCCCACUACCGGGGGCAGAGCUGGUCCAGAGGCCGCUGCAGCUCUACCGCUACUUGCUGCGCUGUUGCCGGCAGCUGCCGACCAAGGGCAUCCAGGAGCAUUACAAACAUGCUGUCAGGCAGAGUUUCCGGGUUCAUUCGGAUGAAGACAACCCUGAGAGAAUCCAGCAGAUUAUUAAGCGAGCCAUCGAAGAUGCCGACUGGAUCAUGAACAAAUAUAAAAAACAAAACUGAGAACCCAGGGCCCAGCGAGUGAAGCCAUCCUACAGACAUUUGAAGUUGGGAGACCUCUCUUCCAGAACUCAGCAGCAGCUGCAGCAGUUCUGGAAUAUUCCUUGUCCUUGUUGGCUGAAAGAGCAAGAAAUCCGGGGAGGGAGACGCUGACGUUUGCUCAGACGACUCUUCUCACCACAGUCAUGUUCGCAGCAUCCUUUAUGUUUGCUCUCCCAGCCACUCACGAUGUGAAAUUUGGAGAGAAUUUGGUGGUUUUUUGUUUUUUUUCCGUGUUUUUUAUUUUUGUGUUUUUGUUUUUUUACUUUGCUCUGAAAGUGAUCCAUUUGUUCUGGAGGUCUCUUUACCAUUCUUUGAACCCCAGCGCGGACGUCCCAUCAGGGGGCAGCGUGUACAGAAGGAGGAGGAUGGGGCUGAGAAGCAGACAGAUCUGGAUUUGAGUCCCCGCUCAGGGUCGUGUCACAGGUAUUGCCUUUGAGCUCAGUUUCCUCCUCUGUGAGGAUCCAGUGAGAUGCAGCUGAAGUGCCUAACACAGGAUAUGGAACAUGGUAGCACCAGUACAUGUCCCCUCUGAGGAAGCCACCCCACACUGCCCCUCGUCUGCUCCAGCACACACCACGUCGGGUCUCAGUUAUUUGUUUGUGGCUUCCCCUGCCCUGCGUGUAGCCCCCGAGCCCUCACGGCUGUGCCAUGCCCAGCGAUCUGCCAAGGAGCUGCUCUUCCUCACACCCGCCUCUCCAUGCCCAGGCGGUCCUCGCCUUCAAGGAGUUUAUAGAGUCCUUGAAGUGAAAUGCACACCGCAUGGGACAGGGGAGAGCGCCAGAGCUGUGGCCGUAGAUACUGGCCUGGUCAGGCCUCUGUGAACCUGUGAUCUGUCUUGACCGGCCCGUCCCUGUGUUGCCACCAUCAUGGAAGAACAGGAGGGAGGGAGGGAAGGAGGGUGGGUUCAGGGAGACCUGGCCAGAGCGGGUAGAGCAGCCAGAAGCCACACUGGGCCUGGAGCAUUCCCCAGGGCAUUCAGCCAGUGGGAUAAGCUAUUAUGUGUUUGUGUCCUCGAAAUUAUGUGACUUAAAGUGACUCAGAUACAUCUAUAUGUGUGUAUGUAUGCACCUGACAAAUGAAGUAAACCUGUCAAUUU